GGCAACUCACUGAACAGAUUCUAUUCUCGCGAGAGCCACCGAAGGGUUAGCAAUGGCGGCCACUGGGGCAGGUUCUGUCCCUGGAGUGGGCUCCGGUCCUGGUCCUGGAGCGGCUGCAAGCGCCACCACGGCAGAGGAGGGAGAGACGGAGCCGGUGGCCGCCGCGGCUGGAGAGGGGUCGUCUGCUGCUCCGGGAGCGGAGCCCAGCUCUGGAGAGGCUGAGAGUGGGGAUGCAAACUUAGCCGAUGUAAGUGGUCUGGAGACAGAAUCUUCUAAUGGGAAAGAUACUCUAGAAGGUGCUGGUGAUACUUCAGAAGCGAUGGAUACCCAGGUGGGUUCUGUGGAUGAAGAGAAUGGUCGACAACUGGGAGAGGUGGAGUUGCAGUGUGGAAUAUGUACGAAAUGGUUUACUGCUGACACCUUCGGAAUAGACACGUCAUCAUGUCUACCUUUUAUGACCAACUACAGUUUCCAUUGCAAUGUCUGCCAUCACAGUGGAAAUACCUACUUUCUCCGGAAGCAAGCAAAUUUAAAAGAAAUGUGCCUUAGUGCUUUGGCGAACCUAACAUGGCAGUCUCGAACACAGGAUGAACAUCCAAAAACCAUGUUCUCCAAAGAUAAGGAUAUUAUACCAUUUAUUGAUAAAUACUGGGAGUGUAUGACAACUAGACAGAGGCCUGGGAAAAUGACUUGGCCCAAUAACAUUGUCAAAACAAUGAGUAAGGAGAGAGAUGUGUUCUUGGUAAAGGAACACCCGGACCCAGGAAGCAAAGACCCAGAAGAAGAUUAUCCCAAAUUUGGACUUUUGGAUCAGGAUCUCGGUAACAUUGGCCCUGCUUAUGACAGCCAAAAACAGAGCAGUGCUGUGUCUGCUAGUGGGAACCUAAAUGGUGGAGCCACUUUGGGAGGGGGAAUUGCAGCAGGAAGCAGUGGGAAAGGAAGGGGAGCCAAGCGUAAACAGCAAGAUGGAGGGACCACAGGGACGACCAAGAAGGCCCGAAGUGACCCUUUGUUUUCUGCUCAGCGUCUCCCCCCUCAUGGCUACCCCUUGGAACACCCGUUUAACAAAGAUGGCUAUCGGUAUAUUCUAGCUGAGCCCGAUCCUCAUGCUCCUGACCCAGAGAAGCUUGAACUUGACUGCUGGGCGGGAAAGCCUAUUCCUGGAGACCUCUACAGAGCUUGCUUAUAUGAACGGGUUUUGUUAGCACUACAUGAUCGAGCUCCCCAGUUAAAGAUCUCUGAUGACCGGCUGACUGUGGUUGGAGAGAAGGGCUACUCCAUGGUACGGGCCUCUCAUGGGGUACGAAAAGGUGCCUGGUACUUUGAAAUCACUGUGGAUGAGAUGCCACCAGAUACUGCUGCCAGGCUGGGCUGGUCCCAGCCCUUGGGUAACCUUCAAGCUCCCUUAGGGUAUGAUAAAUUUAGCUAUUCUUGGAGGAGCAAAAAGGGAACCAAGUUCCACCAGUCUAUUGGCAAACACUACUCGUCUGGCUAUGGACAAGGAGAUGUCCUAGGGUUUUAUAUCAAUCUUCCCGAAGAUACAGAGACAGCCAAGUCACUGCCGGAUACUUACAAAGAUAAGGCUUUGAUAAAGUUCAAGAGUUAUUUGUAUUUUGAAGAAAAAGACUUUGUGGACAAAGCAGAAAAGAGCCUGAAACAGACUCCCCAUAGCGAGAUAAUAUUUUAUAAAAAUGGUGUCAAUCAGGGUGUGGCUUACAGAGAUAUUUUUGAGGGAGUUUACUUUCCGGCCAUUUCACUGUACAAAAGCUGCACGGUUUCCAUUAACUUUGGGCCAUCCUUCAAAUAUCCUCCAAAGGAUCUCACUUACCACCCUAUGAGCGACAUGGGCUGGGGCGCUGUGGUGGAGCACACGCUGGCUGAUGUUUUGUAUCAUGUGGAAACAGAAGUGGACGGAAGGCGCAGUCCCCCAUGGGAGCCCUAACCAAUCCUUGCUUCAGCUUUCUGUGGAAUAAUAUCCAAAUUUUUGCUUUUGUGUAUGAAGUGUCAAAUGUUGUCCCAAAGAUGCUGCCACACACUUUGGUUGAGGUAAAAGAGGCUGGCUGGGUGGGACUGCAGCAGAUUCCCCAUCCUCAGCCUUCCCUCCCCACUUCAGCUUCCGCUCUUACUCUGUGAGUGCCAUACAUAAGUCAACAACCGCAGAUUCGGAAGUGUGACUGUCUGUGAAACUGGUGCUGUGCGGCACGCCUGCCCGCAGGACUUGUUACCUUCCUGUGUUCUCAUUUAAAAUGAACAGUCAUGCCCAUGCAGUAGUUUAUAGAUGUUUGCGUCCCUCCUGGUUUCUGAGAGUGGCUGAAAUCCAAUGCCGUCUGAAAGCUAUCUUUUCUAGUGUAGAGCUUGGGGAGCUGUGAAGCCUAGUAGGUUUCUAUGGACUGUAAUUGUGAAAGGAAUUUGCCUGCAGGUUUAGCAGUUAGAUCUUUCCUCCAAUAAAACUUGUUUGCAAGCUUGGGUGGCACUUGACUUCGCUCGAGGUUGAGUUCCUCUUAUGACAGUGUGAGAACAGGGUAGCACUGGAAGAAUGGGACAGACUUCUGGCUUAGGCUUCAACCCCUCUUCUGUUGCCCUGUUCCUCUGCGAGCAACCAGGCGUUUCCGCUGCCCUGUGGGAACUGGAAUCUCUCAGAGCAAGAGUGUAAAUGGCCUCCUAGCUCUUCUGUUUGAACCUGGUGUUGGUGUGUGCAGGGGUUCUCUUGCCUGCCUGCCUUUCUCAAGGCCAGCCAGUGGUUAAGAUCCAAGAAUGGAAAUGAGUCUUCCUUUAGGAGGACUCCCUGAUGGCCUCCUUUUUAAAAUACAUAUCUGUAUUUAAAAAGUAAACCCCUAGAAUGAACUAAAGACUGCCUUAUGUAGUUUUUGUUUUGUUGUAUUUUUUUUUAACCUAAGUACUAGGUAAAGUGAUUGAAUUCACUGGAGCUAGGUGGUAUAUAGAAUUACCGUGGACCGCUCCUAUUGUUCUAAUUAUUUUAUUUUGCUAUUUAAGGAAUUCCCCAAGGUUCAAGUGAUUAUUAACACAAAUGGCAAAACUAUUACUAUUACACUUGUCUCCUACUGAAUCACCCAGACUCCUCAUUUCAUCCAUUCAAUAUCUUUGUUGUUUGCUUUUGUUUUUUGAAGCAGGGUCUAUGUAACCUGGCUGUAUAUGGGAAACUAGGCUGGCCUCAAACUGACAGAGAUCUGCCUUCCUUUGCCCCCCUUUGGGGACUGGGAUUAGAAUGGGACCACCACAUUUGGCUUAUCCAUUUACUACUAUCUUAACAAGAAACUUACUAUAGAGUUGGUACUAUUGUAAGCAGGGGUCACAGCCUAUCACUAACGCAAGGACUGAUCUGAGAAGGACAAGCACUUACAGUGAGAUUGUUGGAGUUUGAAGGACUCCCCAGAAAAGAAUGUUAUUAGUAGAAACUAAAGGUAAAGUGUUGGCAUAUAAAUGUAUAAAUCAUCUGCCCUACCUAAAUUUAAAACUGGAUGGCUUUCAUAUGUUGGAGGUUACCAAAGUGGUACUUUAAUUGACAAUACUUAGUGUCUGGAAGAAAAAGGGCAGGUGGCAGUGGGUCAUACCAUUAAUCGCGGCAGUCAAAGGCUGAGGCAGGAGGGUUGAAAUGAGUGCCAAGCCAAUCUGGACUACAGAGUGAAUGAGACCCCGUUUCUAAAGAACAAAUCUGAAAGGCGAAACAAUAAAAAGUGUGUGUACAGUCGUGAACUUGAA